ACUUAAAAAAAAAAGUUUGAAAAAUCAAAUCGUCCAAUAAAAACCAAGAAUGUUCGUUGUACGUCGUAGCGUUUCCCGUCUGUACCCCGCCGGGCUCCAGGUGGCCAAGAUGAGUAGCCAGCUGGGCGAUCUCGGCAGCGGUGCCGGCAAGGGCGGUGGCGGCGGUGGCUCCAUCCGCGAGGCUGGCGGCGCUUUUGGCAAGCUGGAGGCAGCCCGCGAGGAGGAGUACUUCUACAAGAAGCAAAAGGGACAGUUGGAGAAGCUGAAGAACGAUCAGAUCCACCAGGCCGAGUUCCAUCAUCAGCAGAUCAAGGAGCACGAGGAGGCCAUCCAGCGUCACAAGAACUUCCUCGAGAACCUGCACAAGUGAGCGGCGGCACAGGAGAAAGCUCUCUCACAUCACACACAGACCAGUGAUAGUUCGAGACAUUUACUUAAAUGCAUUUCACUCAAUUGUACUUGUCCUCCCUCCUAGCCGAUCAGUGCGCAGUUUAUACACU